CCGUUUAGACGUUAAUAAUCGAAUAUCGAUAAACAGGUUCAUUUCUAGGCUAUUCAAAUUUUACUAAUAUUCAGUGCUUUGGUGUUUUUAAUAAAUAUGGAUCUAAAAAACAAAGCGAGGAGAAGCACGCUAAGGAAUUCGGACUCCACAUCAAAUCCUCGAAUAGAACCCAAUGCAGUCUCUACUUCAAAACCAAAACGUCGGAUAAGUUUUAGUGGAAGGAAGUCUGUUAGAGAAUUCCAUGCAGAGGAAAAGCCCAAAAGUUGGAACAAUUCGUAUGAAAUAUCAGACCACCUUAACUCGUUAGAAAAUAUAUCAACUGGAAGCUUUGGCGGAGACAAUUUUAUACCUUGCCAUACUCAGUACAAAUUACCAGAUUGUAAGGAAAAUUACAGUUUCUCUAAAAAUAAGAGGCUUAUAAAUGGUCGCCCGCUAAGUGAGAAUCAAAAUAAUGUUGCUUUGGCCUUCGAAAUGGAAACGAAAAAUCAUGAUGGAGAGCAUGGAGCUUUUUCAUAUAAAUUCGCCAAGGAUAAUAAUAUGAUUGUUGAAAUAUUUUGUGGUGAAGAGAAAUGCAAGGUAUUGUAUUGAAAGUAA